AUGGACGGCUCCUCUAGCAAGGACUCUUCAAAGGCUAAAUCCAGACCGAGACCCCCAGCAAAGACUCGACCCUUAACGCUCGCAAAAUUUCGCAAUGCGCCAUUCGAGUCGGACUCGGAUGAACCUGGAUCGACUGUGGGUCCCAUCGCGCCCGCACCUGCGGUUCCUUCCUCAAUGGGGUUAGCCGAGAAGGUGCAUGCUAGUGGCUGGGAAAGCGCCGAAGAAAACGGUAUCUACCCGAGUUCUGGAAUUACAGUUACCGUGGAUCGAAAGAGGAGGGGAGACUAUGCAGACGACGUGCCAAUGGAUUUCAAAAAGUCCAGACUCCAGGGUGGUGAUGAUGGAGAGGAGAAUGAGGAUGAGGGAGUCGCAUGUCAGCCCGGAUGUGACGAUGAUGGGGAUGUCCCGCGCCAGCCAGUCGCCGAGGAUGGCGAUGGUGCUAGCCAGUUCGAGGGUGAUGAUGCAGUCGUUCCCGAGGGUGGCAAUGGUAAACCAGAUUCCGAUGGACGAGACCCUGACGCUAGCGCUGACGAGCGCAGUAGCAUGACCGGCAACAGGGGGCCGCAAGUCUGCAUUUCCGUCAACUUCACUCGCCUUCUCCAGCAGAGGGUUCAGAAGCAAGUGCGCGCUCUCAAAUGGAUCCAGCUAGAACAGGCCAUGAUGCGGGAUGCUCUAGUCGCAUUGAGGGAUGAUAUGAAGGCCGAGUUAGACCACCUACGCACCCUCCCAAAGUAA